AUGAGCGAAAACGAAGUCAAGGAGUCUGAUGCUAUCCAUCUUGAGCAAGCCCAAUCUCAAGAUGCCAAAGACAUGCAGCAUGUUCAUGUUCUGUCUGCAGACCAGGCGUCUAUUCGCCGAAAGUUUGAUCGUCGCGUUCUGCCAAUAGUCUGCAUACUAUACAUAUUGUCCUAUCUGGACCGAGGAAACAUUGGAAACGCCAAGACAGCAGGUAUAGACACGGCACUUGGGCUCAACGACAAGCAAUGGUCGUGGGUUCUGUACUCGUUCUAUAUAUGCUACAUUCUAUUUGAAUGGACUACGGUCUUGUGGAAGAUCUUUCCGGCUCACAUCUAUAUUGCGAUUCUUUGUAUCUGCUGGGGAGCAGCCGCCAUGUGCAGUGGUGCAGUCACUAACUUGCCCGAGCUGAUUGUUUGCCGAUGUCUGCUGGGUAUAUUCGAGGCGGCGUUUGGGGCGGGUGCGCCCUACUUCCUAUCGUUAUUCUACCAGAGAGGGGAACUUGGAUUCCGUGUCUCCAUGUUGCUGGGGAUGUCACCUGUGGCGAACUGCUUUGCAAGUGCACUUGCCUUUGGUAUUACUCAUAUCCGCAAUUCAAUUGCGCCGUGGAGGCUCCUAUUUAUUAUUGAAGGAGCACCAACAGUCCUCUUUUCUGUCAUUGUCUUCUUCUUUCUUGCCGACUCCCCAGGAACCGCCAAAUUCCUUACCGAAAGCGAACAAACCCAAGCCGUCGAGCGUCUCCAAACAGUCGACCAGACUGCAAAAAACAAGAUGGAAUGGAAACAAGUCCUCCAAGGCCUAUCAGACUAUAAGAACUACAUCCACAUGACAAUCCACUUCUGCUGCAACUACUCUUUCGCAGGACUCUCCAACUUCCUCCCCACCAUUAUUCAAGAAAUGGGCUAUACGUCUGUCAACGCACAGGGACUCUCGGCGCCUCCAUACUUCGCGUCAUUCCUCCUCUGCAUCGUAGCUGCUCUUAUAUCCGAUCGAUGGGGACAUAGAGGAUUAGUGAUCACCGUAUCUGCGGUAGUCGGAAUGGUAGGGUACCUCAUUCUCGCCGCGGUGGAGGACGAGCACAAAACCGGGGUGAGAUAUUUUGGAGUGUGGCUGGCGACCUGCGGAGUGUUUCCUGCGUUGUCGAUUAAUAUCACCUGGCUGUUGAAUAAUCAGGGAGGGGAUUCCAAGAAGGGCGCUGGGAUGGCUAUAUUGGCGGUUUUCGGUCAGUGCUCAAGUUUUGUGAGUAGUUCGGCUUUUCCGGAUUCUGAAGGGCCUUUUUAUGUCAGAGGGUGCGCCAUUGGGUGCGCAUUGACUGGUUUGAUCGCCGUGCUGGCAUUAGGGCUGUAUCUGAAAUUGAGGCAUGAGAAUAGGCGACGUGAUCGAAUGUAUGGGACGGUGGAUCCAGAUGUCCGGGUAGAUGUUACAAGGGAGGGAGACAAUCACCCCCAGUUUCGGUACUUGACUUAG